AUGUUUACCCCACGUGCAUCUCGGUCUAUUUAUUCCCCCUUUGCAGCAACAAGAAGUUCAAAAUCAUCAUCGUCUGGUCGCAGAAGUGUUGGCAUUUUCUCAACUGGAAAAAGAACUCCAUUUGCUUCAAGGAGUCCUGCCAUCAACAAGUCAUUGCUACACACAUCACAGAUAGUAGAGGAAUCCUCACAAUACGUGGUUGAGAUUUAUGGAGCAUCAUUGCCUGUACUCAUCACAGAAGCGUUAACUUUGGCAGAUCGCACCACAGAGACUAGUGUAAAGAUAGAUCCAAAUGGAUGGGCGUGGUUGGUAUGUGGAAGAAGGUUAUUUGCCUGGAGAUACAAGCAAACCCAUGUUGUUAGGUCCACAUUGUGUAAAGAACUGCCAUUGCCACCCAGUGAUCUCUCCCACAAGUGUGAUCUAGUGAGUGUAAUACCAUCAAGUGAUGGCGGUUCCAGUGUCAGUGUUAUGGCGGUGUCACCAGAUGGAAUCAUUCGAUAUUGGCCUAGUCUGACCAACGAGGGGGCAUUUGUGGAAACAAGUGCUGAUCUAAAUGGAGAAGAAUGUUUCUGUCUUACUGCUGUACAGCCCUAUGGUUAUAUCUUGGCUACAACUACCAAUCAACUUCUCAUACUGUCACCAGCUAGCUCUGGAAUGCAGAAUACAGUGAGCUGUCGUCAACUGAGUCCUAAUAAAGGAAUGUUUUCUAGAAUGUCUUCAUUCAUCUUUGGAUCUCAGAGAACUCAGUCUGCACAGUUGGCUGCUCAUUGCAUCCUGGCAUCUGUUGAUGAAAUUGAUGAGGACGAUGAAGAUGAUAUCAGAUAUUUCUAUGCGUUGAUUGGUAACGUGGUGCAGAAAUGGCAGCUAAGCCAUGGAGGAAAUGAAAAGAUUGUAUUUGAAUGUCAUGUUGAGAAAUAUAUGAGAGAUCAUUUCAUUCAAGAAAUGGAUGUUAGUGGUGUUGAAGACUCUAACCAAAUCAAAGUAUGGAUGUUAGAUAUGCAGCUUGUCAGGGGUGGUAUAGCUGUGUUGGGUGCUGCCUACGAUACCAGAGCUGUUAUGCCGACUAUGUGUUAUGCAGUUGGUAUUUUUGACAUGUCAGCUAAUGAUGCUCCAUGCAAUACAACAGCAUUUUCAUUGCUGCAGUACUCAGUACGAUACCAGGAAUCAAAUGAAGACAAGCUACUAAGCCAUUGUCUGUUAAUAUCUGAUUAUAACAGUAGAACAGCAUACAUGUAUGCGAGUAGUUAUGUUAUAUGUUUAACAGUUGCAGGUAAAGAAGCCUCCUAUGAUAAAAUAGAUUUCCGAUCUCCCGGUGAUUGUCUCUUGGGAUCAGGUUCCUGUGACAAAAUACCCAUAUUUUUCUCUAAUAAUCAUGGCCUGGUUACUUUAAAAGGACAAGAAUCUAAAGUAUUGGGCCCUGAUAUAUCUGCUGUGUCAGAAACCAGUUUCACUUCUGAGUCAAUCUUUGGAGGUGGUACUCCGGCACGACCUGAUAGAGUGGAAGAGAUGAGUCAGAGUGAAGAUAGCACCUUGAGACUAAAAGCUGCUUUUCUACAUGCAUGUAAACAUAACCUUGAUCAUGCACAGGCCAUCGUAAAUGAUCUCUUCCCGUCCUCUGAUGUAACCGUGGAAGGAGCAGGAUCCACCAUUGACAUCACUGUAGCUACAUUAAGUCGUGAAAUAAUUGAUGAUUUCCCUGCAUCUGAUCCAAGAUGGGCGGAAUCAGUACCCCAUGAUGCAGCUUCUUCCACAACCUCUUUAAUUCUCCUUCACCAGUUAGAAGACAAGCUGAAAGCACAUGACUACUUUCUAUCAUUUUUGAAAAACACAGAUCUUUGGGAUAAGCUGACUGUUGUUUUGAAUAGAGACCAUCAGUUGAGUACACAUCAGCUGUUAUGUGAACAUGCUGAGAAACUCACAGCGGCGAUAUCAUUAAGGGGACACCAUACCUCGUUUCCCAAUGUUGUGGAUGCUGCAAUACGUAAAGUACUACAGCAUAGAGGAGAUACGCAUGUACCAUCUGGACUUUCCCCUCAAGAUCUUUUCUAUAGAGAGUUAUCAAGGAUUCAUGAAAUUGUGGAGGCAUUGUUAGAGUAUGAACAAGAUAUGCUGAAUACUCACUUGGCAUUACACGAUCAGCUGACCCUCAUUUCCAACAUUAACACCAUAGUAGAGGGAAUGUUACAUGAAGCAUGGCAGUUCAGACAAUCUAAAGCACUGGUAUAUCAAUCCACCAAUUCAUCAAUUGCACAGCUUGAAUUCAUCCCUUGGACAGCAUCCACUGGUCCCAAAGGUAUGAGAGCUCUGCUUGUCAGACAGCAUUCACUUGUUUUGGAGUAUGGCAUCAAUGAGACGGAGGAUGUACAGUGGAGGGGUACACUGUUUCAGCAGUUAUUGGAGUUGACUGAUAUUCUAUUAGACGGCUACUUAGCACAGUUGGAAUCUGUGAAAGAGAAACACAGUGAAGACAGUGAUCAGUACAGUGAAUUAAAACAUGUAUAUGAGCAGCAGAGAUAUGUAUUAAUCAUACCAUUUGUUGAACAGUCUCAACUAGAGAGGGCAGCAUCACUUGCUGAAAAAUACUGUGAUUUCAAUAUCCUAGUGAAACUAUGUGAGGAGACGGAUAACCAAGAGAGACUACAACGAUACAUGAAUCAGUUUGCAGAGAAGGGCUUCACAGAUUUCGUCUUUAAGUGGUAUUUAGAUGAAGGCAAACGUGGUAAGUUGCUGUCACAGCCUUUACCACGGAAUCAACAAGCAGCGCUUGGUCAGUUUCUUGAUUCCCAUGACCAUCUUAGCUGGUUGCAUGAUAUUCAGAUGAACUCAUACAGCAAGGCACAUGAUACACUGAAAAGGCUGGCCUUCAAAGAGACAGAACAGUUUUCUCGAAAAAAGACAUUGAUUAGUUUGAGUAAAUUAUCUGCCCUGGCAAGUGAUGAAGUACAAGAAGAUGAAAUACAAGACUUGAUUGAUGAACAAAUACUCCUUGCUCACCAGGAAGCUUUGCCAGUCAAUGUAUUACAUAGUCUUCAGAUAGAUCAGGAUACAAUGCCACCAUUUUCAGCUAUGAACCUUAUUCAGUUGUAUUGUAGUGAACACAAUUCCUCGUCCAAUGAAUAUGACUUCAAGAAAUCUCUUGAUUUGCUUUCCUACGUUUCCAAGGAGGAUGCUGAGUAUGAAGAAUUGAAGCUUCAUAUAUGGUGUCAAUCAAUCAAGAAAGACAAUUGGACUCAGAUCCAGGGACCCGAACCCUUAGCUUCCUGUGAACAUACCAUCUUCUUUCGGACACUAGGACUGGCUUAUGACCAGGGACUGGAUCUACAUGAGUAUCUACCUGACAUUGACACAUUGCUGUCGUCUGAUGAACUUGGUGAUCUCAGAGACAGCUCACAUUUCCAAUAUCUUAUAAGAGCAGGAUAUGAACAAAUAGAACGUGUGGUAACCUGAACAUCUAUCAUUGUCUGGAGACAAGUGCUCCCUUGAUGUUUUGCUGCUACCAUCAAUACUUGUGAAGAUGGUUAUCCAUCUGUACUAUCAAGCUGUCAGAAAUACUGUCAACCUAAGGAUGUUAUGUUCAAACUUGAAAUACUGCCAAAAGAAUGCCUAUAUGGUGUGGUGAUAUGUCGCUGAGGGAGAUCUUUGCUUUUGAUGUUGUUGCCAUGCAACCAAAUUCCCAAUGACAGAAUAUAAACAGGAUGACAGGAAACUGUAUAUUGAUUGAACCACACAGAGAUGGAUGUAUUUAGCAAGAGUUGAUGUAGUUGACAUGAUCAAUGCGCAAUUAAGCUUCAUGUAUAUAUACAUACAACACAAACUUGUGAGCUAGCUAAAAAUUUAGUUUUUUCCCAAUUGAGGAGUUAUAUCUUGUACAAAAUGGAAAUCUUUGUAAUAAAAAAAAGACAUAACACUGUUUAUACCGUCUUUAAACAAUUAAAAAAAAACUAUACCAGAACAUA